AUGGGCAUCAUUAAGACUAAGUCUUGGGCUCGUAGUUAUGUGUGGUGGCCGGGCAUCGAUCAGGACGUGGAGGGGCAGUGCCGCGCAUGCGACACCUGCGCGCAAGAAGCCGAUGCGCCGCCGCGAGCGUCGCCGACGCCUUGGCCUUACCACCUACAGCCCUGGUCGCGCUUACAUAUUGAUUUUCUCGGCCCAAUACGAGGUUUAACAUUUAUGGUUAUGGUAGACUCGACAUCUAAAUGGUUAGAGAUAUUUGAAAUGAAAUCGACGAAUGCGACGUCCGUCAUAAAGGUACUUCGUACGACUUUUGCAAGGUUUGGCUUACCGAUGGAAGUCGUUUCUGAUCAAGGGCCGCCAUUUAGCAGUAGUGAAUUUAAUAGUUUUCUAGUGAAUAAUGGGAUCACUCAAAGCUAUUCACCGGUCUAUCACCCAGCAUCAAACGGUGCCGCCGAAAAUGCCGUUAAACAGUGUAAACGAGCUAUUAAGAAGGCUUUUAGGGAUAAAGUUGAUGUGGACACCGCCUUGCAAACAUUUCUAUUAAUGUAUAGGAACACUAUUCAUAGUACUACUGGGGAAACACCAGCAAUUUUACUUCAAAAACGUAAAUUGCGGACACGAUUGGAUUUAAUACGAAACGAUGUGGGCUUGAAACAAAAGGUGCUUACGGUUCAAGAUAAGCAGGUCAAAAAUGCAGGUGGAGUGGAGCGAGAAUUUUCUCCAGGUGAUACAGUUUGGUUUAGAAGAUAUGGUGGUAACGAAAAGUGGGUAAAAGGUACAAUAAUCGAUAAGGAAGGUUCCAGGAGGUUGAUUGUAGAUAACGGUAACGGGCAAUUUCAAAAACGGCAUAUUGAUCAGGUGCGACGACGUACACGAUGGUCGUUGUCAAGCGGCACAGGUUCUAAUGUCCCCUCUGAACGCAGUGCCGUGUCGGCAACGAUCGCGGGCGGGGAUGAGGAGGCCGUGGUGCGGGGGUGUGCGGUGGUGGAUGAGAGUACUACAGAUUCUAGUAUACCAGUAGUAUCAGGAACUAAACAGUCCUGUAGCCCAGCUACAGUCAAUUCAAACAAUAGUUCUGAAUCCAGUAACGCUCGUACACCACAGUCACAGCAACUCCAGCUGCGUCCUAAGCGUACACAAAAACCAGUUUUAAGAUAUGGUUUCGAACCUGACUAA